UUGAGAAGGCGACAGGAAGUGUGUUUUAUUGCGGCGGACUUGACGCUUGUGUUUUCUGUUCCCCGGGGCCACAGUGUUUUCAACGGGACUCAACUUACUACUUACUGGACUCGCCAUGGCCGCUUGACCCGGACUGAAAUAUCCUCCUUGUGUUAUCAUUUCUUCGAGACAUUUGCACAAACUUUUCCAGAUAAACUUUCGUCUUUUGUAUAGUUUUUAUGUCAAGAAAUAAGGAUGCAACCCCCACCGAGAAAGGUCCGGGUCACCCAGGAGUUGAAACACACUCACGCAGAGCAGAUGAGCAGAUUACAGAUCAAACACCAGACAGAAUGUGACCUCUUGGAAGACCUGAGGAGUUUCAGCCAAAAGAGGGCAGCUGUCGAGAGAGACUAUGCCCAGGCCCUCCAGAAGCUGGCAAAUCAGUAUCUAAAGAGGGAAUGGCCAGGCAGCCUGACAGAAGAACAAGCAGACCAGAGGAACAUGUAUUGUGUAUGGAGGGCCUAUUUGGAGGGCACAGUCCAGGUCACCCAGUCCAGAAUCAGCACCUGUGAUAACUACAAAGUCCAGGUUGCCGAUCCGGCCAAGACAGCCAGACUGCAGAAGGAGCAUCAGUUGAGGAAGUGUAUUGAACAGCUGACGGUGGUCCAAGCUGAGCUGCAGGAGUCGGUGAAGGAGCUGACGAAGAGCAGGAAGAAAUACCAGGAGGCUGAGACGAUGGCACAGGCUGUCAGGGAGAAGGCAGAGCUGGAUGCCAAGUCCAAGCUGAGUCUCUUCCAGUCCAGAUCCAGUCUGCAAAGGGCAAGCGUAAAGCUGAAAGCCAAGAGGAGCGAGUGUAACUCCAAAGCCACUCAUGCCAGAAACGACUACCUUCUCACACUAGCAGCCGCUAAUGCUCACCAACAGCGCUACUAUGACACAGACCUCAUGGACUGCAUCAAGGUCUUAGAUGGCAGAAUCUAUGAGCAGGUAAAAGAUUACCUGGUGUCCCUGUGUCAGACUGAGCUGGAAACCUACCAGGCUGUCCACAACACCUUCAACCAGCUCUUGAUCAGCUCAAAUGGGGUACUGCAGGAGUUUCACCAGCAGCUGUUUGCGCAGAAGAACCCCAUGUUUCAGCAAGCCCCGAACUUCUUGUACCAGCCCAUCGACUCAGAUACGGUGAUGCAGCUGCAGAAAGAGAGCGGGACGGCGGAGGAGCACAGCCUGGAUAAGGAGGCGAGGAAAUGGGCGAGUCGCGUGGCCCGAGAGUACAAGAGCAUCAUCCACACACAGAGGGCCCUGGAGGAAUAUGGGACGCAAGAGUCGUCAGAGCAGAAUAACAGUGAGCUGGAGACAAAGAUGGAGGUGGCCAGGCAGAGUCUUCGGAGGGCAGAGACGGUGAAGGUGAAAGCAGAGGCCCGUCUGGACUUGUUGAGGCAGGCGGGAGUUGCUGUUGAAACCUGGCUGAAGAGCGCGAUGAACCAGGUGAUGGAAGAGCUGGAGAACGAACGCUGGAACAACCUCAGUACCCACGACCCUUCGCUCUCUGGGACAGCCGAUUUGGAGCGAGAGGAUGAGGAGGAGAUGGAGGACAGUGGUGAAGUGCUGGACGACAGCAGCUCCAGCCCUUCCAGCACCUUGAAAAACUACCCCCUCACCUGCAAAGUCCUCUACUCCUACAAGGCAUCUCAGCCAGAUGAACUGACCAUUGAGGAGCAGGAUAUCUUGGAGGUCAUUGAUGAUGGAGACAUGGAGGACUGGGUCAAGGCCAGAAACCGCAGUGGACAGGUAGGCUACGUCCCAGAGAAAUACUUGCAGCUGCCGUCCUCCAACAGCCUGCUGAGUAUGCUGCAGUCUCUGGCCGCACUGGACGCCCGAUCCCAUUCCUCCAGUAACUCGACUGAACCUGAAACCGAACUACCAACCGGGUCUGUCAACGGAGACUCCAGCGUGUCGUUUGCAAAAGCAUUGUACGACUACGCGGGACAAACGGAUGAUGAAUUGUCGUUCCCAGAAGGCGCCAUCAUCCGCAUCCUGAGCCGAGAGACCCACGAGGACGACGGUUUCUGGGAGGGAGAGUUCAACGGCGUCGUUGGCGUCUUCCCUGCAGUUCUGGUGGAGGAUCUCGCCGGUGCCAGCGAGAACGGAGAUGGACAAAGAGACGGCAGUGCACAGGCCUCCCCCUCGAAUUUGGCCCAGUGCGACCGAUCCCCCCGUAGUCCCUUCCAGCCGGGGCCUCUCCACAGCAGCCCCCUUCAGACGCCCACAGUGUCCUCUCCCCUGGCAAGUCCCUGCAGCGCUACAGCCUCUCCCAUUGGCCGACCGCCCGCCUAUCACAACGGACAUCACAGGCCUCCACCAGCGCCGCACAAAAGCCCCUUUCAGAGUCCAGCCCAAGGCUCCCCUCAGCCUCCCAAAUAUCCAGAGAGUGGAUCAGGCACCAUUCGACCUGUUCGUGCUGCUCCUCCGCCCCCGAAGCAGCAUCCUCGUGGGCAGGUGAAGCGGAGGGAGGAGGUGGAGAUCACGCUGGUGUGAAGGCGGCACCCUGGUGGUGGCGGCGGCAGCAGCAGCAGCAGCGACGGCUCUGUUCAAACCAGCUGGGACUUGGCGGCUCUGUGCCUCUAAACGCACUCCCAAAGGAAACCUGAGGAAGCCUAACCCCCCCCCCCAAAGGCACCCGGAGGCCCGGGAGAGGCCCUCCACUCUGUCCUCAUAGGGUCAGUGUGCUGUGGCGGAAGAAUGUGCCUUUUCUUGUUUAAUUUCCUCCCCCUGUUUAGUUUUCUCAUUCUUCAUACUUCCUCACCCAGGGUUUGUCUCAUAUUUGAAUAAGACCGAUAAAUAGACUAAUAUUAUAAUUUCUAUGUUUUAAAAAAAGGGGGGGGGGGGUGCAGCUUAUUGUCCUUCUUGUCCCAGCUCUUCUACCAAGACAUGAAUCAUUUUCAGUUCUCUAAAAAAAAAAAUUUAAAAAAUUGAAUAUUAACACAGCAAGUAUUGUUACCAACUUCAAACAUCAGUCCUGGCCGUGAUUUUCAAAAACGCACGCUAUUAAAUCCUGUUUCCGUUCUUUGCUCUCGCUCAUAGUGACUGAUACGGUGAUAAUGCGCGGAUAGUGUGACUUGUCACAG